UUGCCGAAACUAAUCGCAACGUUGUCGAGUGCCAACCCGAUUUUAAGGCCUAUAUUGGCCGUUUACUUUCAGCCAUGAGCGAUAAAUAUUUUACUCGUUUGGCUUAUUCAAGUCUAUUUAUUAGUACAGUUGCAUUAGUCGUUAUUAUCGCAACGAUUCCACCGCUAUUGAAUGCAGUCGAGAAUGAGAGAGAAUUUUUAGAAAGUCGAUCACUUGAAUUGCAGGAGAAAUCUAAUGCACUAUGGGAAAAUUUAGAAGUUUUAAGAAAUGUCGCCAGAAGUCUGUAUGAAACGCGAAAUACGCGAUCAGUGUGGCACAGCGGAAAAUGUCGCGACUUAUGUGAGGACAGAAAUAAAGAUGGAUCUGCAGCAGUCAUUACAGUUGCAUUAUCUUUUACUGCUGGAUAA